AUGAUGGGAGGACGAGAAACUGGAGGAAAUUACAAAGCAGUUCAUUACGAACAGUGUCCCGGCUACACGGACCACCACGGCGUUUGGAACAACGGCUUCAAGUGUCCGAAGUGGGGCUACCUCAACGACAACUAUUGUUGUGGCGGCGACAAAAAUCGAUACUGCUGCCCUCCCCCACCCUCUAAUAAGACCACCCACGUUGUCACUAGUAGUAGUGGUAGUAGUAGUGGUGGUAGUAGUAGUGGUAGUAGUGGUAGUAGUAGUGGUGGUAACGAUUUUUUGGCUGGUACUAUUGUCGGUGAAGAUGUGAUUUUAGAACAGUCUACUGUGACCGUGCCAGUGGUGGUCAUAGUAACUGGAGCCGGUCUAUUUAUAGCGCUAACAAUUGUUGUGGCCACAAUCUGCCUUUGCUGCUACUUCUGCAGCUGUUGCAACAGCUGGAAAUACAACGUCUUCAACGGACCAAUCAAAGACGAUCACAUGAACAAGGACGCCACUAAAAUAUCAAGCGCUAUAGAAUCCCAAGCCAUGACGUCAUCGUCGACGUCACGUCCGCGAACGCCGGCGUCGGUUCACCAGAUGACGCCGAGAAUCCUAGACCUCACUUCCGCCGUCAAAGAAUGCAGAUUCUCCUUCACCCCGCAAGAAGAUCCCCCCAUGCCCCCACCCCCCCUAACCAACCCACACACUACACCCAUCACGACGAGAUGUUAUGAUAACAAUGCCGGAAGUGAUGCACUUCGUGACGUCAUAUUUGUCAACAUGGCGACGUGCGCUGACGCGGGAGAUGACGUAGAUAAGCUCUCCCCCUAUUGCACCAAAGAUCCUUCAUCUAUGAUGACGUCAUCGUCGCAUUAUCAUAACCCCUCUUCUUCCCCGUUCGCCAAUCACGUGAUUGGUCGAUAUUCAACGGGCAAGAACACGAUUGGCCGGACGCAUCCUCCUAGCUACCCCCUCCAAACCCAUCCCCACUAUUUCUCUCAAAGUCCGCAAUACGCCGGCCAACACCAGGCACAUCACCCUCUCUACAACAACUCAUCCAUGACGUCAUCGUCGUUGUCACCUCGCACUACCACCACCACCACCAACAUCAACAACAUCAACAGCAGUAACCACAACAACAUCAACGGUUACUACGGAAUGGCUAGCAACAACCACCACAACACAACAACCUUUCAAAAGUCGAAUUUUGAUUUGUUGACGACAACAACUCCGACGAGUGCCCCUAACGACGUAAAAAGUUUUGAAAUUUUAAGUUCGAGUGCGCAGAAUCAACCGCAGCCAUUUUUGGCUUCUAGAUAA